GGGAGGGGCUGAGCCAUACAGGGAGUGGAGUCACAAAUACCUGGGCACAGGUGAGCGGGAGCUGAAGCGUCCAGGACUCUGCCUUUGGAGCUUUACUACUGUGUGGAUUGAUUAACUGCUGUCGGAGUUACCUGCCUGAAAAUCCCAUGGCAGGAUCCUGUGAAAUCAGCAAUCUCAUCUCAAACUACUUCAGCGCCAUGUAUCAGCCAGAAGAAGCACCACCAGACCCAGACCUACUGACUCACCUUGGAGAUGAUGAUAACCUUUCUCUCACUUUGUCUAACACCCAGAUGGCCACAGAGACAACAGGCAAGCCAACAUGGUAUGGCGAGAUGCCACACUGCUGGAGCAGGGCUCAAGUGCUGGAGUGGAUCAGCUACCAUGUGGAGAAGAACAAGUAUGACGCCAGCGCCAUAGACUUCUCCUGCUGCAAUAUGGAUGGCUACACGCUUUGCCAAUACACGCGGGACCAGCUGGGACUCAUCUUCGGGCCCCUUGGCGAUGAGCUCUAUGACCGCCUGCACGAAAUCACAUCUGUCCCGGAUGAACUUGGCUGGAUCAUGUCUGUGCUAAGGAGCGAAGACGUCUCUCAAGAGGCGCUUCUGGACUCCAGCCCAUUAGAACUGGGAAAUUCCUACAAUCAGGACUACCUGGAAGAGAUGAAGUUAGCAAACAUUUUCUCCCAGUCCGACCUUGGCUACAUCUCUGGAGCCAUGUCCCCAGACAGCUCAGCAUCUCUAGCAGGGACGAUGUCUCAGAGCCCUCAGUCUCAGGACUCCGGUGGAAGUGACCUAGAUCUCGACCCCAUAGACAUGAAGCAUUGCCACUUUUCUGAUGGUGACUAUGCAGAAUAUAAGAAAGAAGAUCUCAAGAAGCGGAAAAGGGGACGGCCCAGGAAGGUCAGCAAGGACAGCAGAGACUGCCUGGAGACCAAGAAAAGCAAACACUCUCCAAGAGGGAUCCACCUAUGGGAAUUCAUCCGGGACAUCCUAAUUCACCCAGAGAUGAAUGAGGGGUUGUUGAAGUGGGAAGACCGACGAGAAGGCAUCUUCAAGUUCCUGCGCUCCGAGGCGGUGGCUCAGCUCUGGGGGCAAAAGAAGAAGAACAGCAGCAUGACCUAUGAGAAACUGAGCAGAGCCAUGAGGUAUUACUACAAGCGGGAGAUCCUCGAACGAGUGGAUGGCCGGCGACUGGUGUACAAAUUUGGGAAGAACUCCAGUGGGUGGAAGGAGGAAGAGGUUCAAGGCAGGAGCUAAGAGCUGCAAGAGCCACACACGGACUUGGACAUGGCCCAUCCUUGCUCAGAGGAGCAGCUCUGAGCGCAAUAUGCACUGACGUGGGCUCUGAGCCCCUUAAACUGCUAUCUCCAGCAGUGUGUGUUAUUAGACUCCAGCCCUUCUAUGGGGCAAAGUGUGUGUUCUGGCUCCUAGCUGGGAGCUCAGGUAAUUACAGCUGAUAUUUUGGCUCAAGUAGGUUAUUGUGAACCAUUAUUACUUUGUUGCAAUUGGACUCUGGCUGACAUCUUGGCUCUGGAUAGGAUUACAUCGCCUUUGGCUUGUCUGCUGCCCCGCACAGAGCUCAUCAAGGCAGAAGGAACUGGGUGUUCUCUGCAAUUUGCUUUGUCCCAGGGGGCCAUUCAUAGGACAUUCAACGGUCGGCUGAUUCACAGAGAAUGCCGUGGCCAACUGUGCAUGGGGAAGGAAGAUUUGCCACCUUCAGAAUACGGGAAUGCUGAUACCCAGUUUGGAGUAGUAAUUGGAAGUGAAGCUUCCCACCCAAAUGCAGACUAGUUUGUGGCUAAUGUUCCUGUUUAACAGGCAGAACUUAGCUGGUCAGUCUUUGAAUGUAGGACUCCAAUAAUUGUGGAUUUCGCAUUGCUUUGGAAGGCAGAGUUCAGGAGCUCUUCAUUGGCUCUUCCGCAGUGAAAACAUUA